AUGCCCAAUAUCAGGCCUUUCCCCAAGGUGGCGGGCCGGUCCGACGGCGACGCGGCCAUCGAGCAGCGGAACCCCAGGAAGAAUAAUGGCGGAAACCGGCCCCCCGGCGGGCCGGGCAGGCUGGAUAAGAUCACCAUCGUUCUCGACACGACCCUGCCUUGGGCGCAGCUCGUCAACCAGCAGCAGCAGCCGCCGCCGGCUAAGCGCUCCGUCGACGCCGAGGUCGAGAGGCGCGAGCCGAAUCGGGGCAGACCCGGCAAGCCCAACAACAACCAGCAGCCCGGCGGGCCUGGCAAGGUCGACACGAUCACCAACCCGCAGAAGCGCUCCGAUGCCCCCUCUGACGCCGAGAUCGCCGACAUGCUCGAGGCUGCCGCGGCCGGGUACCUCGACGAGAGGCAGGCGCAGGUCGUGCGGCGCGCCGUCGUGGCCGCCAUCUUGGCCUGA